GGUACAUGCAAAUGUCCAUAUAUAACCGAAUCAAUCGAGCAAACGUGAUCAUUACGUUUCUUUAAGCACAACUUGUCUUAUUAUUGCAGAAAUGGCGAUCUCGAAGAACUUGCACAUAAACGGGUUGAUUGGUUUUGUGAUGGGAAUCUUGAUUUGCUGUGAGGGCUCUGCUAUUGGAUUACAAAUGGACCAGCUCCCAGUCGUUUCACCGACUCCACAUCACUGUGCUAAUUCUGAACAUUCAACCUUCAUUAUGAUGGAGGUAACCAACUGCACUGAACAACCGUGUCCUAUGGAGGUGGGAGGGACAUACGAAGUGUCACCUUCAUUCGUGCCUGCCUUCAACACGACGGGAAUGAGCUACUACGCCUUGUUUUUCUACGAAGGUCAAAACUACGGUUUUAGUCCGAUCUAUUAUCCCGAUGCUUUUGUGGCUUUCAAGCAGCACAAAUUACAACGAGAAUUUGUGAUUCCGACCAACAUCCGUGGGCAACCCGGCACCUUUCGAAUGUUUCUGGUCGACCGUACCGGUGUAGUUCACAUCAGUCGGUGUUUCAGUGCUACUGUCGGAAUUUGAGUGUUCUAUAGGAAAUGUUUUAUCAAUUUACGAUAAUAUUGAAUUCUAAGCGUUAAAUUAUUCUCAUGGCUGAUAGUGAGAUAUUGCCAAAUUAUAUGUAAAUUGGCGAAAAUAAAUAACUUGCAGAAAAUACGAAA